AGGUAAAGAGGAUGACGGUAAAUCCAAGCGCCCGCGUCGCGCUUGAGCUCUAUCCGGCAGUGUUCCUCUGUUGGAAGCGGUCCCGUUUGUCUCUCUUGCAAGUAAAGCACGGAAAACUGCUUCUGGAAUCUCACAGUCGUAGUUUGCGGAGUCGCUCAUGGAGUCGUCUUUAUCUUCAUUUUCUCCUUCUUAUUUGGAUUAUCUUGUUCUGUAUUUUUUCCGGCCUCUUCUUGCUGUCACCUUCGUUCUCUCCUUAAUACUUCUGGGGUGGUUUUUCGCAUGGAAGUUGGUCCUGGUUCACGUUCCGCUGGUGCAGGAGAUUUUUGGAUUGCGCAAGAAGCCCGUGAAGCCAAAGCCUGCAACUCGCGGAAGGCUUUCUCGAUUCUAUAGUGGCGUUGAUUCUCGAAACUGGGCUUCUGGGUGAAAAAAGGCUGAGGCCUGAGGAGAAAGGGAUUUCUUCAGAUUUUGUGUAUGUUUUGAGUACUGGCAAGGAGCUCUUGAUCUUGUUCCACAAAUUCAAAGGUGAUCAUGGACUGUUGUUGGAUCAUUCUGAAGAUGGCUCAGGAAAAGAGAGAACUUGAGGCCUUAGAAGGAGAUGGUUCUUGUAUAUAGAUUUGUUGUCUAUUUCUACUCUUUGCGUGUGCAGAAUCUUGAUUUAAAUUAAGUUGACUUGUAGAUAUUUGUCUGCCUAUCUUCCAGCUUUCCAUUUUCUUAUUGAAUGAAGGUUUUUCCUCACCGAAAAAUUAUAUCAUGACAUAUUCUAAACGCCAA